AUGGCGGGGUCAGCAUUACAGAUCUCGAAGCCUAUGAGCAUCAAAGAGAUCUCCGCCAAAGCCUCAGAUUUUGAAUUUAAUCCUACUAUCGCCUUAAAAUAUUGGUUAAGGACAGCCGAUACACUCUUAAGAGAGGCACAUAUUUAUCAAGCAGAAGACAACGAUCAACAAGCCUACCUUUUGUUCAUGCGAUAUGCGGCUUUAGUUGCAGAAAAGCUACCGGAGCAUCCAUUCGCGAAAGACCCAGAAACUAGAAGUGGUUUAAGAGCAGCUCAGAAAUCCCUCCCUGAUGUUUUAGACAGACUGGAGAAAUUAAAGCCCGGGAUAAAUGCACGCUACAAUAACUGGCAGAGGGCGCUGGAAAGGAGGAAAGAAAUUCAUACCGCACGAGAGAGUGAUAUAUUGCGACCAUCAUCUAGAGCAGAUCUGGCUGCUUCCGAUCCUGCGAUUGCCGGAAAUACAACUACUUUAGCAGCUGCGGAGAACGGGGAGCUGGCCGUGAAGUUGGCACAUAAAGAAAUAAAAAGGAGAAAUGCUGUACGGCGUGCCACAAGGCAAGCAGGUGUUAGUGAAGAAGAAGAGCAGGAGAGACGUACGGCGGGGCUGUGGGAUGACUGGGAAGCAGCGUUAUCCAAAUCUGGUCGCAAUGAUGAGGAUGAUGACAUGCGCCGAAACAUGGAAGCUUCAAGGAGGAGGUUGGACGGUUCAAAUGAUAUUUUGCCAGAUGGAUUGAGGAGGAGAUCUUUAAAACCCUCUUCUCGACCUGCAAGAUAUGUGCAAACAGCGAUUAGGAAUGGUAGCAGCGAAUACCGAUAUCCGUCGAUUUCCAAGUCUCAACCUUUCAUCGUUGAUGACUCAAAACCAUACCCACCUUCCGAUUAUCUUCCUCCAAAACCACCUAAAGAAGAGGAGUCUGAACCAUCAAGUUAUGAAACACCUCCACCAAUACCUGAAAAACAAUCAUCACAUACGCGUGAGAGCUCAUCAUCUGAAAUGGUCGGAGAAGUUUCAAAAUUCACUUUUCGACCCUCCGCAUAUCUUGAAAAUGGUAAACCCCUUCGAACAGUUUUUCUUCCGCCUACAUUGCGACGAGAAUUCCUUGCCUGCGCAGCCUCAAAUACACGAGCGAACCUUGAAACUUGUGGAAUGUUAUGCGGAACGUUGAUAUCUAAUGCCCUCUUCAUUUCUCGACUCGUUAUCCCAGAACAAAAGAGUACCAGCGAUACGUGUGAAACAACUAAUGAGGGUGCUUUUUUCGAUUAUUGCGCAUCUGAAGAUUUAAUGGUCCUAGGAUGGAUACAUACUCAUCCUACACAAAGCUGUUUCAUGAGUAGUCGAGAUUUACAUACACAUUGUGGGUACCAAAUCAUGAUGCCUGAAAGUAUUGCAAUUGUUUGCGCACCGAGUAAAACUCCUUCAUGGGGGGUCUUCCGUUUAACUGACCCUCCAGGGAUGCCAGCUGUUUUGAAUUGUAAACAGACUGGACUUUUCCAUCCGCAUGAGGAAAGAAAUAUCUACACUGAUGCACUUCGACCUGGCCAUGUAUUUGAGGCAGAAGGGCUAGAAUUUCAAGUUGUUGAUCAGCGACCAUAG